AUGGCUACUCCCUCGUCCAGGCCGAACCCAGGGGCAACUCCCACCCAUUUGACUUCGUCUCCGCAUCCCUCUGCAGUUCCCAUGGGCCGCGGUCUAUCUCACAAGUCUCCUUCAAUUAGGACCCCCUCGGCUUCGGGCACUGGCCAUGGCCACCAUCCCAGUGCCUCCUCAUACCAGGGUGCCACACCUCUCACAGCAACCGCAGGGCUAGACGACCCCGUUGCCCUUAGUUCACCCUCCGCUCUACUCGCUCUCGGUGGUUUCACAGGCAUGAGCCCGGCUUUGAAUGUUCACGAUGGCUUAGUGGGCUCUGGUAUGAACGACAGCGACCUUCGCGCACUCACCUUGGGCUUGGGAGGUUCUCGCAAUCACGAGGAGGAGCGACGGAAACGUAUCGAAGAGGUCGUCGAGCUGCUUCGUAGCCGAGUGGCGGGCCGAGGCGUGAGCAGAGAGGCGGUGGAGAGACUGGGCAGGCUCGAAGGGUUUGAAUCUAUAUGGCAAGAAGAUAGCUUAAGCAUUGCUGGAAAUUUUGUCGAUUUGGAAAUUGAGUUCUACCCAGGCGAAGAUAAUGUCAAAGAUGUCAGCCUGAGUUACGCUUCGCUUGAAGGCGAGGGUGAAGGCGAAAGGCGAGAGGAAGCUACGGCUGUUCUUAAGGGCGAUCUUAUACAAACUUCUAAGGAACGAGAGGACAGAGCAUGGAAAAGCCUUAAAGGGUUUCAGGGCAAUCUCGAAAGACUCGCCAAGCUUGACAAGUUGAGUCAAGAGGUUAACUGCUUUGAGGCCGUGGAAAGCCUGUUUCAGUGCUUGCAGAAAGUUUGGGAUGCCGAAAGUCAACGCGGUAUUUAUCGCGGUGCCUGCGAUCAUCUAUGCUUGGGAUCUAUUGGCAGACCAAGUCUGCAUAAGAGAGGCCGCGUUGGUAUGGGGCUUGAGUACUGGGUUGAAAACCAUCGGCUUCUAUAUGCGAAAAAGACCAAGAAGUCUGCAGAUGAUGUCAUGACAAUCGACUCUUCUGGAGAGAACGCAGACGGUGCGCAAGAUAAAUUACGAAGCGUUACAAUUGAAUGCGAAGAAGGAUUUCCUUCAUUGAGAAUCUCGAAAGACUGGGUUGAGCCGCAAAUCCUAACUCCUGUUGAUGCAAACGCAUCUUCUAAUGAAAAUUCGAACUCAUCUAAAGCGGCUAUAGUAAUCAACUGGUCGGAGCCACCACCUACACUGCAAUCGUCCACAGAUAGCAUUGACACUAGCAUGGUUGGCUCUGGCACACCGAAUCGGCGUUUCGUGGCGAAAUUGGAACCGCAUGUCCAUGUUCCACUGUUGGUAGCAAAUGAUAUAUAUCGACAUCUUGGAUUGACACUUCCGCCAGAUUAUAGAACACUCACCUAUGAUGACUUGCUGGUUCCUGGGUGGACAAGUAGCAGCAUGGAUGGCGACGAUUCCAUGUCUUCCGAGUCAUUAGAGUCCCCUGAAAGACGGCGAAGGAAAGCUGUCGUGAUAUUCAAUGGCGCAAAUGAGCCUGUCCAGAAAAACCAUAGCUAUUCCUUCCAGGCAUUUGAAGCUGCCCCCGGUAGAAUCAUCCGUGAUUUUCCAUUCUCCCAUCCACGGCAACUAGCCGAUAUCUUUCCAAUACUCCGACAGUAUAGUCUGUUGGAAACCUUGAUAAAGACGAUAUUUCCUCGCAAAGAAUAUAUUGCCGGCAUAACGAAUGGUUCUAAAUCUUCGUCUAAAACCUCAGAGACGAUGUCUAUAUCUGCGGAGCCGCCAUUUAUGCGUGGUGAAGUCAGCGAGUUAAGCAAUGGCGAUGUGAACGAAGAGUUCCUGAACGGUCUUCUGGGUAGCAAGAACAUUUCCAGCGCUAUGGCUUGUCAGAGUGACCCGAGUACUGGUAGCAAAUUUAGCCAAGCAAGGAUUCAUAGAGACUUCUUGGACACAGAUGUCAGGGUUGAUAUAACUUUGCGGACACAAGUUGGACAGGCACCAUUAGUCAUGCUAUUCAUCACUUUCCCCGAGACGAAAGCGAACGGCCAAGCAAUGACUCCAGAUCUGAAGUUACAGAGAAUUUUCAUCAGUUUCGAGAUUAAACCAAACGGCUACGUGAAUGUCACUCAAGUGACUGGCUUGGGAGAGGGGACUGCCGAUAAAGAUCAGCCGGAUAGCGAAGCGACCCCUGAGAUGUUGAAACUUUACAAAAAGCUCAAUAAUGUGCUUGAGAUAUCCGAGGACCUAAGUGUUUUCGUGGAAUAUGUGGUGAACCGAUCGCGAAAGGUGUGA